AUGGUCGCUUCGCGACUUUUGGCUCUGGCCAUCACACUUCUUGCUGCGAUACAGCCCGUUGUAGCUGCAAGUGACACACGCUAUGUGACAACCACAAAUUCUGCUGGCCAGGUUGUCUACUUGCCAGACGACAGAAGACCGUCUUUGUAUACCGGACGAUUCGGAGAUUGCAAGGGCUCCAGUGCUGUAAACGUCACUCGCUUCGAUGCUGCUUAUUACAAAGACAACAUGACCGUGCUCUUUCAUUUGGCGGGUAAUACGGCCAUUGCUAAUGAAAGCUUGAUGAUGUACAUCGGUGUCUAUGCAUACGGAGAAGGUCGAUUUGACUUGACCUUUGAUCCGUGCAGCGCAAAUAUUGCCAGCUUGUGCCCACUCAAUGCGAGUAUACCUAUCGAAGCUAACGGCAUUAUCCCGGUUGCUCAAUCUGAUGUUGCUGCUAUCCCUCCGAUCGCCCUCUCGAUCCCGGACUUUGAGGGCGAGGCCGUUCUUCGUAUUUUUGCAAACUCGACCCAGUCUGAGAUUGGCUGCUACUCGGCUGUAGUCACGAAUGGAGCAACAUUUUCGCAACCCAAAUCCGUGGGAUCAGUCCUUGGAAUCUUCACCCUCAUUGCUUUGCUCGCUUCAUUCGCAACUGCCAUCUAUGGUGAUAGCGUGCCUGUUAUGCGCAAGCACUACGCCCACUCGCUCUCCGUUUUAGUCGUCUUCUCUGUUUUCCAACAUGUCUACUUCACUGGAGCACUGUCCAUGAACUGGCCCAGCGUGCUCGUUGCUUGGUGGAGCAACUUUGCUUGGUCAGGAGGCAUGAUCUAUUCCAGCUCAAUGCAACGUUCUAUUGACAAACUCAUUGGUAACAACAUCGGCAAUACUUCGCAGGUUGGCGCUGCCGGCUCUGGAACCAACCAAGAUAAUGUUGGAGGUGGCUUCGACAUCUCGUCGAUCUACAGAAGAGGUUUGUCGCUGAGGAAAGACGUCGCUUGGAACAUUUACCAGCGCGAUCAUUCUGUCAAGCUCACACGCGACGUUGUUUCAGGUACUUUUGAAGACCAUCUCUUCAAACGCGACCUUGCCAACAAGACUACUGGGUUUUCUUGGUAUGGGCAGCCCGUACAGGCAGGUCUUCCACUGCCCGGUAAUUACUCUGGGUUUGCCGGUACUCUGGCACAGGAGAAUAUCCGCGUCUCCAAUGCUUUCAUGACCGGAUUCCUAUGGUUACUCAUCCUGCUCGUCAUCCUUGUCGCUAGCGUCAUCACUUUCAAGUGGGCCCUCGAAGCAUUCGUUGCCAUCAAACUCUUGAAGAAUGAGCGAUUGACUUUCUUCCGAAAGCACUGGAUCCGAUACACCGCCUUGGCUGCUUUACGAACAUUAUUCAUUGCUUUCUUCAUGAUGAUGCUCUUGACCAUGUUCCAAUUCUCCUACCAAAGCUCUGGUGGCGUCAAAGCCGUUGCAGCUAUUAUCUUCAUCUUGUUCUUUGUCGGCAUUCCUGCCUGUGUUAUCUAUGCCACCUUCACCGGUCUCGCAUCUCAGGGUACUACUCGCAAAUCGGAGCGUUCUGCUGAGCAAGUCGAAGGUCGACAGCCACCAAAGUUUCUUGCAAAGCUUGGUAUCAAGGGCCCUAUCUCAAUGAAGAUGCCAUCAAUCUCACUGCAUCGACCACCGUCGCACCUUGAGGAAAAUCACACUUCGAUACACGACGAUGAGGAGUACGUCAAGAAGUUUGGGUGGCUCUCUGCUCGUUUCCGCCGUACACGAUGGUGGUUCUUCGCCGUGUGGACUAUCUACGAGUUCAUUCGAGCCUGCUUCUACGCUGGUGCUUCAGGUCAACCUAUGACCCAAGUCUUCGGUCUGUUGGUUAUUGAGAUCCUCUUCUUCGCUUUCACUGUCUGGGCCAGACCUUUCGAGGGCCAGCGUCUUAACAUGCUCGUCGUAUAUCUGCUGGGCUUCAGCAAAGUCGCGACCGUGGCUCUGUCUUCUGCAUUUAAUGUUGCCUUCAACUUGGAGCGUAUCACAACAACUGUCAUCGGCAUUGUCAUCAUAGUUAUCCAAGGAGUUUUGGUCAUCGUCACCCUGAUAGCCAUUGCUGUUGGAACCUUCUCUUCCUACAUGUCAAUCACUCGAAACCACGAAGACUUCCGACCAAGGAGAAUGGCAGGUGUUCGCGAGAAGUAUUUCAAGCAUCUGGAUCGCACUGCUACCGAUGUUCCUCGGCCACCAAAACCAGAACCAGUCGAGGUAAUACCCGAAGAGCCCAAAGGACCAUACUUCUCCGUCUCGCAAGUUCGCCGCGUUGCUAAGAUUGAAGAUGAGGAUCCAGACUUUGUUGCUGAAAUGGCAAUGCUCCACCACGAGGAAGACUUGGGACCAGAGCCAACGCCAAACGCGUCAUAUUCCGCUCUGCCUAUGAGGUCGCAAACUCCAGGCAUGGACGGGGAAUCAUCUCAGACGCCUAUUCGCCGCGGCCGCGCCGUCAGUGGAGUGAGCUAUAGAAGCACAAGUGGAAGCUACUCAAAUCUGCCUCGUGGAGCUCGUCUUCAUCGACCUAGCUGGACCUCGCGCGAUUUCUCGGAAACAAGAGGUGACCGUUCAGGGACACCUAUUGAUAUGAACAGGAACGUGCCAGAAGACGAUACUAUAAUGGCCACUCCAACAAGGUCUGGAUCGCGUACGCCUAAGAGGAGAUCGGUGACGAUGCCGACCUCACUUCCUCCAAUGCCCAAUGUAGAUGAACUACAAGUCGGCGGUGAUGUCAGCACAAGGGAUGUGAUUGCAGACGUGCCUACACCGACGGUUAGACCGCGUUCGGGGACUUUCAGCGGAAGCCGCAGCAACACACCUACUCCAGGAGACAGGAACUCGUUCCACAUAAAAUCAACGACACUUGACAUGCCAGCGCGAGACAGUAGGGGACCUCUUACGCCCGCAGUAGAGCGUGACGAAGAGUCCUACCACUGA